AAUGGAGCGGACACCAAACUGAGGAGAAACUAGGUAUACAGACCGUGAAUGCGAUAAGAAGACGACAACAAGACACUGCAAAGGAUGUUUAUAAAGAUUUAGGAUGGAUUUUCACGGGAACUUCUAAAGAGCAUCUAAAGAUUGUGACUUGACUUUGGUUCUCGGGGUGACCUAAAGGGGAGGGGUCAGUGAUCAUGGCCCGGCUCCUCCUCUUUCUGUCCGUCUCCGCGGCAACGCUGAUCCACUUCCUGUUGCUGGUUUCCAUGACAGCCGGUCUGAAGCCACGCCUCCACAGAGACCGGCGAAACAUCAGGCCCAACAUUAUCCUGGUUCUGACCGACGACCAAGACCUCGAGCUUGGUUCCAUGCAGGUGAUGAAUAAAACUCGUAGAAUCAUGGAGGAGGGCGGGACUUCCUUCACAAACGCUUUCGUAACCACGCCCAUGUGCUGUCCGUCAAGGUCCAGCAUGCUAACCGGGAAAUACGUUCACAAUCACAACACCUACACAAACAAUGAGAACUGCUCCUCUCCCUCCUGGCAGCGGCAGCACGAGCCAAAGACCUUUGCCGUACACCUCAACAACACCGGAUACAGGACAGCAUAUUUCGGUAAAUACCUGAAUGAGUAUAAUGGCUCAUACAUCCCUCGUGGUUGGAGACACUGGGUUGGUCUUGUGAAGAACAGUCGCUUCUAUAACUACACCCUAAAUGUCAAUGGAGCCCGGAGAGAGCACAGGGACCGCUACCCACAGGAUUACCUGACAGAUGUGAUCACCUUGGAAGCACAGAGGUUUUUCCGGGCCUCGAAGCGGAUCUACCCUCACCGACCGGUUCUGAUGGUUCUGAGCCACGCCGCGCCCCACGGACCCGAAGAUUCUGCUCCCCAGUUUAGUACCCUCUUUCCCAACGCCUCCCAGCACAUAACACCGAGCUAUAACUUCGCCCCAAACCCGGACAAACACUGGAUCAUGAGGUACACCGGAGCCAUGAAGCCCAUCCACAUGGAGUUCACUAACGUCCUCCAGAGGAAACGCCUGCAGACACUUCAAUCGGUGGACCAAAGCAUGGAGCAGUUGUAUGAGAUGCUGGUGGACACUGGAGAGCUUGAUAACACUUAUAUAAUCUAUACAUCAGACCACGGGUACCACAUCGGACAGUUUGGACUCGUGAAAGGUAAAUCGAUGCCGUAUGAGUUUGACAUCAGAGUUCCCUUUUUCAUCAGAGGGCCCAACAUACAACAGGGACACAGCAUUCCAGAGAUUGUCCUAAACAUUGACUUGGCUCCCACCAUCCUGGACAUAGCUGGACUGGACCCUCCAUCGGACAUGGACGGGAAGUCUGUGCUGGGGCUGCUGGACAUAGGCUCCCCAGGGAACAGGUUUCAUUUGAACAAGAAAUCUGUGAACUGGAGAGACUCAUUCUUAGUGGAGAGAGGGAAGUUGCUCCCUGGUUUAUUGAAUGACAAACAGGAGAAGUCUGAGGAAAACUCUCUGCCCAAACAGCAGCGAAUGAGAGAGCUAUGUGAUCGUCAGGAGCUGCACCUGCCCUGCUCCUCCUCUGGACAGAAGUGGCAGUGUGUGGAGGACCCUAAUGGGAAGUUGCGCUUGUUUAAGUGUAAAACUGAAGGAGGCGGCGCAAAGGACAUUUUCUCCAAGAACCGUCCAAUCAGCAUCAAGGCCCAGCGUUACAACCUUGAUGAGGACUGCAGCUGUGACCUCCGACCCUUGCCUUUUGCAAAAUCCAAGAUGAAAAAGUCAUUCAACAAACCCUUCUUUAAAAAGAAGCUGAAGUCCCUUAAAAGUUUCUCCAGAAUCCGCUUCAGCCGCUCGAUCAGCAACUCUCUACCUGACGACGGUCUCCACGGUGACCACAUCUUUCCCCAGGGCGAUGGUCUCCGUGGUAACAGCAGCUGGGGGGCGUCAAUGGGUGAGGGGGCAUGGACCGAAUCAGACAGAGAGGACGAGAUAAGCGGAUCUGGCCCGCCUCCUGAGGAUGCUGUGAAGGUUACGCAAAGGUGUGUGAUUCUGUCCAACUCCUCUGUGAGCUGUGACUCCAGACUCUACAGGAACCUGCAGGAGUGGAAGGACCACAAACUCACCGUGGACCACCAGAUUGAGACUCUUCAGACCAAGAUCAAGAACCUGCGAGAGGUCAGAGGUCACCUGAAGAAGGCCCGUCCCGUCAAGUGUGACUGCAAACGGCACCUGUCAAUCAAACAACUGUCUAAGUUGAAACUGAAGAAAAAGUUGAAGAAUAAGCUUCACCCUUUCAGAAGGGGUGUGUCUAAAGGAAAGUGGGCGUGGCUCGAGAAGGAGCAGAGACGAAGGAAGAAACUUAGGAAAAUGAUCAAACGAAUCAAAAACAAUGACACGUGUUCAAUGCCCGGACUCACCUGUUUUACCCACGACAAUGAGCACUGGGCCACGCCUCCCAGCUGGACACUGGGUCCGUUCUGUGCCUGCACCAGUGCAAACAACAACACGUACUGGUGUCUUCGAACCAUCAACCAAACUCACAACUUCCUCUUCUGUGAAUUUGCCACUGGCUUUUUGGAGUACUUCGAUCUCACUACUGACCCCUACCAGUUGAUAAACUCGGUGUCAUCUCUGGACAGAAGUGUUUUAAACCAGCUCCACGUUCAGCUGAUGGAGCUGCGAGCGUGUAAAGGACACAAACAAUGCAACCCCAAAGUAGACAAGCAAGUAGAGAGGCGGGACAACAGUGGCUCACACUUGUACAGGUACAGCUCGGACAGAUCUGUGGAGAGGCCCAAGAAAUGGUCCAAAGUCCGGAGACCUUCAUACAAACCUCUGAACCCGAUCUGGGACGGCUGGAAAGGCUGAGGCUGCCCCAUGUGCCCCCAACAUCGCCCCCUCCUGGACCUUCAGCAAAUCUCCUCCUCUGUUUCCGAGGAGCCCAUGUUUGUAAUCCUUCAACAGGUUUUGUACAGAUCUUUUCUAAAAACAUUUUCUACAGAACUUCACUGCUGCACCUCUGGGACCAGAAGGAACUUUCAGAAAACAAACCAAACAGCAAAGAGCAUAAUAUAUUACAAUGAAUUUCUGUAUGGAUAUUUUGUGUAUAUCUUUUCUGUUUUAUUGAAGUUUACUACUAAUCAUUAUAUACCAUUGUUAUAUUUCUUGAAAAAAGCCCAUCCAAAUGUUGUGAGAAAUGUACUGUAUUUAAUGUUCUGAAAUGCACUGGUGAAACGGUACUGAACAAAGUGGAAGGUUAGAAAGAGUUUACGAGAUGUUGGCACUAGAUACCUUUUCUUUUUUGUAAAUUAAUUGUUUAGCUAAAUACGAUCAAAAUUAUUAUACUUAUUCUUCAAAAUGUCAUCUGAUUUCUGCUUUGAUAUUUUAGGAGGUGAAACAAAAUAUUAUAAUUACAAUUUUAUUAACAUUAAUUUGAGAAACUACAGGAAAUGUAGUGUUAAUGAUUAUUCUGAAUAUGAUACUAUGUAAAACUGUAUUUUUUUUUCCUUUGCAGAAAUUUGACGAUAGAUUUUAAAUUAUACUUUGCCAACCAGUAGGCGUGCAAUAGGGGAAGCGUUUUAGAAAUCCAACUUGCAAAAUAUAAUCUGCAUUUACUUAAAGUUGCAUCGUGUACUUUUCUGGUGGAGGGUCCGUCAAAUGCUUUACUACGUGGAGAUGUUAUUGCUUUGUCUGGAAUGAUUCACAGUGUGGCAUUAAACCUUUAUCUUCAUGGAGACCAUACCAGAGCAAGUUACAGGUCAGAUCUGUGGAGAGGCAACCCCACUCACAGUCAGAAUUCCUGUUUUUUUCCUUGACGUAGUAGUUCUAUUUUGUGUUUCCUACUCACAAGGCGAAGGAUGAUAGCAGGUUUUGUUUUGUCCUUCCGCGGAAGAGUGUGGCACGCAGAGAUGUUGUUCGCGUCCAGGUGAAUAUUCCUCUCUUUCAGAAACUGCAUGACUUGCCCCUCCAAAAUUAGCAAAUUGCCAGUUUCCGCAUCCUCCCCAACAUUUCUGCCGACCACUGCAGUUCUGGCGUAGGAGCGAGGUGUUGUGAUGUUCAGACCAGUGAUAAUAACAUCUUUCUUUCUCGUGUACUGUUCCAAAUCAUCAAUCCUCUUUUCAAGCUCCAUGAUCGUUUUGUCCUUUUCUCUAAUGGAUUCUUUCAACUGCUUUAUCUCUUUUACGAGGUCUGUUAGUUUGGUCAGCUGUUGGGUCAUCGCGUUUAAUCUCCUCAGUGUCCAUCUCCAUCUGCGCGUUUCUCUUCGAGGGCAUCGCCAACAGUGCUUUGUCCAAAAGUUCGUUUUUCUGGUUUAUUUUAGUAAGAUUUGUGAGUUUUGUAAUUAGAUUGCACAGGGUGCAGCACAUUAAAGGUGUUUAAUGUCACACUGUGGCAACUUCCAGGCAGAGCAAUGACAUCUCCAUAGAAACAAGCAGGUGAUGGACCCCCAACCGAGAAGUUACAUAGUGCAGCUUUAAACAAAACAUCUGUUAUUAUUCAUAUGGAAAAAUCCCAUUCUAAACCUGUCACUGUACACAAUAAUUUAUGAUUUUUUUGCACUUCUCUACACACAUUUGUACAUCAACUUAACAUUUAUAUCUGGCUGAGGAUCUGUUUUCUUUCUGGGCUUACUCAAGGUCAUUUUGGAUUUUGUACUGUUUUAGACCCAGCUUUUGUCAGUGACAUAGUUAAUUCAUUAAUUCAUUCAAACAGCUAUGUGUCUUGAAUAUUUCAGUUCAAAAGUCACUAUCUUUUUAGCGCUGUGGAAGAGUUUUGGGAAGAUUGUUUGAGAAAGGCCCUGACUGAUAUGCAAACGGACAGUGGUUGAAUGUAAACUUUAUUUUUGUGGUUAUUAUUUCUCAGUAUUCCAGACUGAAUGUGUCCAAAUGAACUGUAACCAGGUCCCAGCACUUUCAACCAAUCAGAACAGAGAUCGAUGGAGGAUGGAUGCCCAUAUAUGGACACCUUAAUGGACCAGUCACAACAGAGAAUGGAUCGACUGAGCAGCACAGACUAUAGAGAUGGACCAAUGGGAGAACACAAGGUUUAAAGGUGCACUAUGUACCUUUUCUGGUGGAGUGUCUGCCACCUGCUUGUCUCCAUGGAGAUGUUAUAAUUUUGUCUGGAAUGUCCCAUUAUGGCAUUAAAGUAUCCAUCUUGCAUUUACUCAAUAACAUGGGUUGUUAUUGACCUAAAAACUUGCAUUCUUACUAUGAGUAUACUUGCCUCUCCACAGAUCUGACAUGUAACUUGGCCCUGCGAUGUCCUAUUCUGUCUCCACGGAGAUAAUAAAUAACUGAUGCAAUAUUGUGGAACAUUCUAGACAACACCACCUUCAUGGAGACAAGCAGAUGAUGGACCCUCCACCAGAAAAGUUACACAGUGCAGCUUUAAAUGAACCAUUCAGGACCUGUGAAACUAAGGACAGUGCAGUUAUGUAACCUGUGGAAACUUGUGAAUAAAGAUUUGAGUUAUUUGUG